GCAGGGACACGCCGAGCGCAUUGGGAGCAGCCAUGGCAGACGGCCCCGUGGCAGAGGUGCUGCUGCGGCGGCUGGAGGCGGCUGAUGGCGGUCUGGACAGCGCAGAACUGGCGGCCGAGCUGGGCGUGGAGCACCAGGCCGUGGUGGGCGCCGUGAAGAGCCUGCAGGCGCUGGGCGAGAUCAUCCAGGCCGAGCUGCGCUCCACCAAGCGCUGGGAGCUUACCGCGGAGGGUGAGGAGAUUGCUCGGGAGGGCAGCCAUGAGGCCCGAGUGUUUCGCAGCGUCCCCUCAGAGGGCCUGCCCCAGAGCGAGCUCAUGCGACUGCCCAGUGGCAAGGUGGGCUUCAGCAAGGCCAUGUCCAACAAGUGGAUCCGGGUGGAUAAGAGUGCUGCUGACGGGCCCCGGGUGUUCCGAGUGGUGGACAGCGUGGAGGAUGAGGUGCAGCGGCGGCUCCAGACAGUCCGGGGUGGACAGGCUGAGAAGCUGGGAGAGAAGGAGAGGAGCGAGCUCCGGAAGAGGAAGCUGCUGACUGAAGUGACUCUGAAGACCUACUGGGUGAGCAAGGGCAGUGCCUUCAGCACCAGCAUCUCCAAGCAGGAGACGGAGCUGAGCCCAGAAAUGAUCUCCAGUGGCUCCUGGCGGGACCGGCCCUUCAAGCCCUACAAUUUCUCAGCCCACGGCGUCCUCCCUGACAGUGGCCACCUGCACCCCCUGCUCAAGGUCCGCACCCAGUUCCGGCAGAUCUUCCUGGAGAUGGGGUUCACCGAGAUGCCGACUGACAAUUUCAUUGAGAGCUCCUUCUGGAACUUUGAUGCACUCUUCCAGCCCCAGCAGCACCCAGCACGUGACCAGCAUGACACUUUCUUUCUGCAAGAUCCAGCCCAGGCCCUGCAGCUGCCAAUGGACUACGUCCAUCGGGUCAAGCGGACUCACUCUCAGGGUGGCUACGGCUCACUGGGGUACAAGUACAACUGGAAGCUGGACGAGGCUCGGAAAAACCUGCUGCGCACGCACACAACAUCAGCCAGCGCCCGCGCCCUCUACCGCCUGGCCCAGAAGAAGCCCUUCACACCGGCCAAGUACUUCUCCAUCGAUCGUGUGUUCCGGAAUGAGACCCUGGAUGCCACACACCUGGCUGAGUUCCACCAGAUUGAGGGCGUCGUGGCUGACCACGGCCUUACCCUAGGCCACCUCAUGGGCGUCCUGCGGGAGUUCUUCACCAAGCUGGGUAUCACCCAGCUGCGUUUCAAGCCAACCUACAACCCCUACACCGAGCCCAGCAUGGAGGUGUUCAGCUACCACCAAGGCCUGAAGAAGUGGGUUGAGGUGGGAAACUCUGGGCUCUUCCGCCCCGAGAUGCUGCUGCCCAUGGGGCUCCCCGAGAAUGUGUCAGUCAUAGCCUGGGGCCUCUCCCUGGAGCGGCCAACAAUGAUCAAAUAUGGCAUCAACAAUAUCCGGGAGCUGGUGGGCCACAAGGUGAACCUGCAGAUGGUGUACGACAGUCCCCUGUGCCGCCUGGACAACGAAGGGGGCCCCCCUCCAACACAGGAGGCCGCAUGACAUGAGCCACCCUGCAUAGGCCGCCUUCCCCAAGACCCUGCUGCCGUUUGCAUCCCUGCCAGUGACCCCUUAUAUUUACAAGGCCUCUGUGAGGCCAUCCCCCUGCCCCUGGUAUCUCCUCUUCCCCACCGGCCCCAGGGUCCCAGGGACAGGGGAGUGGGUAGCAGGUUCAUUCUGUUGUCCACCUGUGAGGGUGGGCCUUGAGGGGCCCUACGGGCCAGCUGCUGGCUAAUAAAGUGGGCAGUUGCACUCA